GCUGGAGCGGCUUCUCCCUGACGAUUGGUCUCAGGAAGAAGAGAAGGAAGACGGCGUUGCUGGAGCUUCCGGCCAGGCCCCGGCAAGCCUGGUCGACUUCUGUGAUGCCUUCCUCGUCUCCGAAAAAGACUCCACUCUGGAGGAGGAGGCAAGGAUACCCAUAUGCUGCACCGCAAUACGUGCUCGACUGGCGAUGCAGGAUGGCACAGAUUCCCCUGUGUGGCGUGCAUUUUCGGCGCAGGUGGUUCGCCUACGCCCUGAGUCAGUGGCUAUCUUUAACACGGAGGCCCUUGAAGUG